GAAUCAAGAUUAUAGAAUCUCUAAAUGAAUAUUUUUAAGUUUACAAAAGGGCUUAUGGCUAAUAGCAGUGCACGGUUACCGUAAAGACUCGCGUAGUGUUAAUCCUUGUAUUGUCGUUAGUAGCCCAUCACAUUCCGGGUUCCAACUCCAACAGUUAGCCCCACCGGCAUGCUAUCCUACCAUAGCAAUUCGUAACUACAAACCAAAAGUUGGGCUACAAAAGUUCUCGAUAAACAGGAUGAAAUCCACUUGCUCUACCUGUCAACAUAUGUUUUGCUUUCGUUUUCUUACAGUUGCAAAGUUGAAGACUUCAAGUUUUACUGCAUUAUUCCAGUCAAACUCCAAUUCGUUUUAUCAAGUAGAAUCAAGAUUCUUACCAGUACCAAUACGUGCGAUAUCUUCUGUCACACCUCUUGAGCCUACAGGCCUUAUUGCAAAAGAGGGUAUCGGUACGUGUGAUUUUCCUGCGGAGCUUUGGCGCUUUAUGAAAGUUUUAGGCGAUCGUGAGAGCUGAUAUGGAGUAGAGCUACUUACAUUUUGGACGCCUAAUGGAUACAAGAUCUCCAUCCUCCUUGAGGAGUUAAAGGUAGGUAUUUAGAUGAUGAUAUAUCGCUUAGUGCACUAGGAACUUUGAAUAAAUACUAACUACUACCUACAGGCAGCAUACGGCAAGACGUAUACUUGACAAAACAUCAAAUGUAUUCCAAAACAAACAAAAGAGUCCCUAGUAUACCGCCAUUAAUCCUAACGGUCGUGUCCCUGCUAUAGUCGACCAUGACCGCUCUGACUUUGCCGUCUGGGAAUCAUCCGCGAUCUUGGCCUAUCUUACCCGCCACUACGAUCUAUCUCAUCACUUCUUCUUCCCCAUUGAAUCUGAUGACUAUUCUCGGUGCGAACAAUGGAUAGCAUUUCACCAUGCUGGUUUAGGUCCUAUGCAAGGCCAAGCAAACCACUUCUACCGUCUCGCCAAAGAGCGUAUGCCUUACCCUACUCAGCGCUAUAUCAGCGAGUGUGAGCGACUAUACGGUGUUCUUGACCGCUUUCUGGCAGAUAGGAAUUAUCUUGUCGGUCCUGGACGUGGAAAAUACAGCAUUGCUGAUAUUGCCAACUUUACGCAGGUUAACGCAGCUUAUUUCCAGUAUUGAAUUUGAAAAAAUUCCCGAAUUUGCGGACUUGGUGCGACAGGAUCAAUGCUCGGGAGGGUGUACAGAAGGGGAUGGAGGUGCCACAGGCAAGCGGCUUGGAUAAUAAGGCUUGGUUGAAGCAGUUGGAAACUGGGAGCGGGAAGUUCAAACAACAGGAGGCUAAUCUCCAAAACCUGUUGGCGGAGUAUGAAUUUCAAGGAGAGAAGAAGACUUGAUCUUGAUUUACAUGGAUUAUAUUGUGAAAGAGUUGGAAUUACAAAUCAUAUACGUAGAGGUUU